AUGGAGGCGAUGCUUCAAAAACAAACCUGUAUUAUAAACAAAACACCAUCAGCAGCACUAGGAAUGCACAAGAAUUCACAAAAAAUAUCAAAAAUCAAGCCAAAAAUUCGUAUAAUUCACAUAUUUGCACCAGAGAUUAUCAAGACCGAUGCUGCAAACUUCAGAGAAUUAGUCCAAAGACUCACUGGAAAACCCACAGAAAAGCUCAGAUCAUGCAACAAGAAAAGUUGUCCAAGAAAUGUAGAAGAUCCAAGGAUUUUGGCCGAGAAAAUGGAACUGGCUAUGAAAAAUGGAUUUCAGGGUUCAGGGUUCAAAGAGAGAAUCAAGGUUGAGGAAGAGAUAUGGAGAAACUCGAAUACUGACGCUGAUUUCUUAUGUGGUUUUUCAGAAUUCGAUGGUUUCAUGCAAGAUAUUAAUCAGUUUCCAUUAUUCUUACCUUUUGAAGGUUCUUCUCAGAUUGAUCAACUUGAAAAGGUGUACCUUUGA